AUGAUGUAUAUGGCACAAUUCCUACUAGUGAUCUCGCUGAUUAUAAUUAAUAUGAAUUAUAAUCUGUCUUUGAAUUGCUACUCAUGCUUACUAUGUCCAGAUCCUUUCGAUCCUUCAUCACGACUGGUACACAAUGAAAGUAAUUGUCAAUGGUGUGCAAAACUUGAAGUUCCACAUUAUUUUAAUCCAAUCAGACAAUGUACACCUAAAUGUGACUUUGAAUAUUUCAGUGAAACAUACCCUAAACUUACUUAUUAUUGUUGUCAAAAUAAUUAUUGUAAUAA